CGACUGCGCACCGGCGCGACUGCCGAGAUGACGUGCGCCCUGCAUGUCGAGUCUGGGGACACGAUCGGAGUCAGGGACGAACUUUUUUUUCGACUCACAACGCCCGGUCGAAGAAGUUCUUACAGGCACUUUGCGACAUGUGGAAUUGGCAUCGCAUUUCCUCUAACAACAGCAGCUCAGUAUCAUGAGUGCGUCUCCUGCUGGCGGCGCAUCGCCCACCAGUGGAACAAAUCCCAACCCUAACAAGCCGCGCUACCGCAGAUUGACUUCGCAGCCUGAGAAUCCGUUCUCGGCUCUUAUUCCGGAUCAAUCCAUCGCCGUCGUGCCUUCGUUCACUCUCGAGUCCGGCGUAGAACUCCGAAAUGUCCCCGUCGCGUACAAGACGUACGGCAGGCUUUCGCCCGCCGCUGACAACGCGAUGGUCAUAUGUCACGCGUUGACGGGUAGCGCUGAUGUGGGCGACUGGUGGGGCCCGCUUCUCGGAAAGGAUGGCAAGGCCUUUGAUAUCAGCAGGUUUUACGUCGUCUGCAUGAACAGCCUGGGCAGUCCAUACGGAAGUGCGAGCCCGGUCACGUAUGCGGACGGAGACCCAAACAACCCGCACUACGGACCCGAGUUCCCCCUCACGACUAUCCGCGACGACGUCAACAUCUUCAAACUCAUCCUUGACGACCUGGGCGUCAAACAGGUGGCCGUAGUCAUCGGCGGAUCCAUGGGCGGCAUGCUCGUGCUGGAGUUUGCAUACUUUGGCAAGAACUAUGUACGCAGCAUCAUUCCGAUCGCCACAUCGGCCAGAUACAGCGCAUGGGGAAUCAGCUGGGGGGAAGCGCAACGGCAGAGCAUAUACAGCGAUCCUAAAUAUGACGACGGGUACUACUCAUUCAGCGACCCGCCCAAUGCCGGUCUCGGCGCGGCGCGCAUGUCGGCACUCCUUACGUAUCGUAGCAGAGAUUCCUUUGAGUCGAGAUUCGGAAGGCAAAUACCAGACGCGUCGCGGAGGCAGACCAUCAACGGCCGUCAAAGAGUAGAGCCACAAUAUCACGAGCAUUGGGCAAUCCACAACGAUGGCCACCGGGGUGCAGGCUCGCCUCGACGAUCGAGAGUCAAUAGUGCAGCAACCACACCUCAUGUACCUGCAGCAGACGGCGGCAGCGGCACAGUUGAUCCCGAAUUCAGCAACACGCCACGUGCUGGCACGCCGGACAACCUCACCCCGCCUAGAACAGCAGAAGCAAACAAAACGCGCACCCCAACCUAUUUCUCAGCGCAAUCCUACCUGCGCUACCAGGGCGAAAAGUUCAUCAAGCGUUUCGAUGCCAAUUGCUACAUAGCAAUCACACGAAAACUCGACACCCACGACGUGUCACGCAAUCGUCUGCCAACCACAGAGCACUACCCGACGCCAGCGGAGCAAGUGCAGGCCGCGCUGUCGCAAAUCGAACAGCCCACCCUCAUCCUGGGUAUUCAAAGCGACGGCCUCUUCACGUUUGCGGAGCAAGAGGAGCUUGCUGCCGGUAUCCCGAAUUCGACCCUGAAAACUAUUGAAAGCAGCGAAGGGCACGACGCGUUUCUCCUCGAAUUCGAGCAGGUCAACCGCCACUUGGUGGAGUUUUUGCACAAGACGCUACCGGACAUCAUGAACAGAGAGCCCGUCGAGGAUGUGGAGAAGGCAGGCGUAGAGGGCCUGAAUGCCACGAAGACGAGCACGUUUGGCGAAGCCGAGGUCGACGACAUCACGGCGUGGUGAAGAGCAGGUAGACACCUUACGAAGCACCUCCGCGUAUGUGUACUUAUAGAAGACUUUGUCAAUGGUAGAGUUCUCAUGUUAUAACCCCUCGUAGAAACGCUCAUUCAUCUCUUUUGA